AUGGGACGAAAUUCAAAAACAAAAAAUCAAAAUAUAAAGGUGUACAAUAAAAACUCUUCACUCGAACAUCUUUCAAAUGAAAUUCUCUAUCAAAUAUGUAAACAUCUUGAUGGUUAUGAAGCUUUAUAUGCAUUUCAUGAUCUUAAUUAUCGUUUUGAUCAAUUUCUCAAAUCUUUAUUGUUUAUAUUAAAUAUAACUUCUGAUAGUUUAAAAUCAAAAUUAUAUAUUCGUGAAAUUUUUAAAGAAAUUUUAAAUUUUUAUAAAAAUCGAAUAAUUGUAAUUUAUUUGGAUAUGUUAUUAUCAUUCAAUGAUUUAUUUUCAUUUAAUUCAUCAUUCAAUCGAUUAAAAAUUCUUCAUCUUUAUAAUUGUCAAUCAAAUAAAUUCAUUUCUUUUCUUCAAAAUCUCACUUAUUUACCUGAUCUAUCUUCAUUAAAUCUUGAAAUAUGUGAUCAAUCAAUUAAUUUAAAUAAUAUUUAUCAAAUUAUAUUAACUUUACCAAAAUUAAAAAGCUGUGAUAUAAAAACAAAUAAUAAUGCAAAAUUUUCAUCAUUAUUAUCAAUGAAUCAAAAUUUAUGUCAAAUUGAACGACUUGAUAUUCGAGGUCAUUGUGAUCUUAAUGAAUUUUUGUCUAUUGUAUCACAUACACAUCAAUUAUCUCAUUUAGUUUAUAUUCAAACAAAUCCAAUUGAUUAUAAUAUUCGAAUAAUUAACUCACCAAUAAAUUUAUCAAACUUAACACAUCUUUAUUUACGUAUAUCUGGCAUGAAAUUUAAUGUAUUUGAAAAUUUUCUUUCUCAAGUAUCAUGUAAAUUAACAAAUUUAUGUUUAACAACAGAAAUUGAAGAUAUGAAAUAUCUUGAUGCAAAUCAUUGGGAAAAUUUUCUUUUAGAAAAUUAUUCUCAAUUAAAAAUAUUUCAAUUGAAAUGUUAUGCUAAACAUAAUCAUAUUCUCGAUCCUGUAAAAAUUAAUCAAUUUCUUACAUCAUUUUGGAUUGAACGACGAUGGGUAUUGGAAAUAAAUGUUAGUCCUGUACAUUUCUUAUAUUCAAUUACACCAUAUAAAAAACGAUGGUAUGAUGAAUUAUCAAAUGAAAUUUAUCCAUCUUCGUCUGAACUAAAGAAAUCUUGUCAAUUAAGUUUAACAAAUAUUGACUCAUCUCGAUGGAAUCAGAUUAAAGAUAUGUUUAUUUCAGCAAAAAUUUAUCAUUUAGUUUUACUUCAAGAAAAAACUUUUAUUGCAACAUUAAUUAAAAUUGUACGUUCAUUACAUAAACUUAUUUCGUUACAAUUUAAUUCGUUAUCAUUUAUUGAACCAGAUGGAGAAGAUUUUGGUGAUUGCUUUUCAAAAAAGUCUAAAACACCACGACCAGCACGAAAAGAAACGAUCUUACGUCACGCAUGUAGUAAUGAACACAGUAAUUUUUUAAAUAUUGAUACACUUUUUGAUCAACCAAAUGAGAAUUAA